AUGGCCAUCAAGCCUAGCUUCGAUCCAUGUAGUACUUCCUGUAAGCACCUGUCGCUAUUCCUACUUAAGAUAUACUGCUUGGCACUCAUACUCCGAAGUGCCAGUGCCGAUUGGCUAAUGGACUGUGGAAACUGUCACUGCAAAUGGAACUCUGGCAAAAAGACAGCCGACUGCCGCAAUUUGAGCCUAAGUGGAGUGCCGGAGUACCUCAGUCCGGAGAUUCAAGUGCUGGAUUUGUCACACAACCAUAUAUUCUACCUGGAGGAGAACGCAUUCCUGACCACCAACUUGCAAAAUCUCCAAAAGUUACUCAUACGAAAUGGCACCCUCAAACACAUCAACCAGCGAAGUUUCACCCAACUGCAGAUCCUUAUAGAGCUCGACUUGUCCAACAAUCUACUUGUGGACUUGCUACCCAAUGUGUUCGACUGUCUUUCGAAAGUACGGGCGAUAUUGCUAAAUGGCAACCUGUUGCAAGCACUUCGCCAUGGAGUGUUCCGGAAUCUCAAGUAUCUGCACAAGAUCGAACUUAAGCGCAAUCGCUUGGUUAGCAUCGAUGCCCAGGCCUUUGUGGGAGUACCACUUCUCUCGCAGAUCUAUCUGGACAACAAUGAGCUGACCAAACUGAGAGUGGAGAGCUUCCAGGACUUGACCAAGCUCACAGCAUUAUCCCUGGUCGAGAAUCCCUGGAACUGCACCUGCGACCUUCAGAUGUUCCGUGACUUCGUUAUAGGUAUGAACCUAUACACCCCGCCCACAUCCUGUCAUUAUCCUUUGCAGUUACGUGGUCGUCUGUGGAUUGAGGAUCAGCCGGAGGCGUUUGCCUGCAAGCCGAAGAUAGUGUAUCCGACGCUCAGUACUUCCAUCAACACUUCCAAGGAGAACGUAACGCUUAUUUGUCGCGUCCACGGAUCUCCCAAUACGGUUAUUGCCUGGGACUACAGCAAUCAAGUAUACGAAACCCGCUCCAAGCCGGUGAAAAGUCAAAAGCAGCGUGUUUACAUAGAACUGUUGCGAGAGGAUGAACCAAAGGUUCGAAAAUUCGGACAUGAUGUUUUUGUGUCACGUCUUACGAUAGUAAAUGCCAGAAAGAGCGAUGAGGGCGUCUAUACCUGCCUGGCGGAGAAUCCCGGUGGCAGGGAUUCGGUUCACAUAAGUGUGGUGGUCCAAAAGGACCUACAACACAUUUCCCUGAUCGACAGCAACUUCUUUGCAAUAGUAUGCCUUAUAGCCAUGGGUUUUCUCAGCAUGUCGAUCCUAUUUUCGUUGGUAACUUGCCUGAUUUUCAAGAGAUUCAAGCAGUUUCAUCCCGGCCAGCACACCUAUUUGCAACCCACUAGUUUUCCCGUGCAGUCACCCGGUAGUGAAGAUGCUACCGCCAUCAGCGCCCUUAGUUCUGGAGUUAUACGGGAAAGCAAGAUCGCGCUGGAUCCAUUAAGUGCUACUGGUGGACCAUCAAGUAAAAACUACAGCUUAUUUAUAGCAUCCAAAUCGAAAGGCGGCGAAAUGUACCCAAAGGAUUACACGCCAACGAGAAAUAUUGAAGACUUGAGAUUAAAUAGCAAUAAUUAUAUUGAAAAUCUUGACAAUCAGGCGGAAUCCACUUCAUCGCGAAAUCGGGAGCUCUAUUCGCAUAUUGCCCGUGUCCAGGAAAAAGGAGCGCUUAAACAGAAAGAUGAGCUCGAUAAGGAUUCCCGGCAGAGUUCCUCGCAAUCAACAGGCUGCUCAAAACAGAAGGGACACAUCGAAGAACUCCAACCGGACCUGUUGCCUUCCACUGAACCCACUGCCUUAAAAAGUAUUAAUGAACCUUUCGGUCCACCAUCGAAAAAAGGAGAAGUUAACCCCCGAAGCAAGUACAAUACGAAUGUGCAAAAGUACCUAAAGGAGAAGUACGGCAGCGUUAGAAUAAAGAGUAUCAGCACUAAUAACCCCAUUAGUGGUGAUAAUACCUCAUCAUAA